AGUUUUAUUUGUGCAAUGGAUUCUGAUAAAGAUAUAUUUAUCAGAGAACUUGAAUUAGAAAGUCAAGAUACUAUUUUGACGUUUUCACAAAAAAAUGUGGGUGAUGUUAGUUGUGUUGUAUGGGAUGCUGCAAUAGUGCUUGCAAAGUAUCUUGAUAUCACCAGUCAUAAAACCAAGUGGUUGCGAGGUAAAAAAGUGUUAGAACUUGGAGCAGGUUUGGGAUGUGCAGGACUUACUGCUGCUUGUUUGGGCGCAGAUGUUGUUUUGACUGAUUUGGAAAGUGCCCUAUCCAUGCUUGAAAAAAAUGUAAAGGCUAAUGAGAAUCAAUGGAAAAAGUUUAAAGGAUCAGCUAAAGCACAUAUACUUGAGUGGGGCAAGGACAUAAGCUUAAAUUUUCAACCAGACAUUAUUCUACUAACAGACUGUGUAUAUUAUGAUGAGUCUAUCCAACCACUUUUGAAUACUUUGCAAAAACUUGUUAAAGAUGGAACUUAUGCAAUUUUAUCUCAAGAAAAACGUGACACACCAAAACAAGUUACUGUAUGGGAAAAAUUUUUAGAAGAAUUAACUGAAAAGUUCAAAAUAGAACUAAUUCCUCCUGCAGAACAACACUCACUGUAUUCAAGUCCUGAUAUACAUCUUAUGAAAAUUCAUUGUAACUAAGAGAGUUCAAAUAAAAAAACUUUGUAAAUAUUAAAGGGAUCA